GGCCCCGCUGCAGCACCACAAACCAGGCAGGGAGGCGGCCCCAGGGGCAGCGCCCGCUCACCGCCGGGGAGACGCGCCGAGCGGCCCUGGCCUUCCGGGCGCACGGUGGCUGCGCGGGGCGCGGACCCAAACAGCGGCCCCGGGGGCAUCGGCUCAGAGCAGGACUGACUCGGGGAAAGUUUCGUUCCGCGGGCAGCGCGGCGGGAUUUACAGCGGCCGCCUCCCCUCCCGUGCGGAGGAAUUACACGGCGUGGACUGGGGACCGCAGGCAGGGUUUGUUCGGCCCUUGGGGCUGGGAACUUGCUGGUCUCUCUGCAGAUGUUUCACCCUUGCCCGGAAGAAGGAUCCGAGUCGCCUUUCAGAGAGGAUCCAAUGGUUGGCAGCAGCUCAGCGCGGCCUGGGCUUUAACUCUUGAAGGCUUUGUGGAUUGACUCUGCUGCUCCUCCUUUUGGGGAAACUCUUUGCCUGUAUCCCUCCUGGGGUCUUCCUUUGCAAUCCUACCUGUGGUCUUGAGGCUGGGACCUUCAAGCAAAGAGACCUUAAAGAAGUCCAAAAAGAGCGUGAGGUCAAACGGCAAGGUGCCAGCAUGCUAUGAAAUAGUGCCCCUGUCCCUGAAGAAGAAGAUGGCUGCAGAGCUUUACCCUGCCAGCGCUAACACCAAUAUUGCAAACAGUCAUAACGCUGCUGCUGCUGCCACUGUCGCUGCCAAUACCAAGAAAAACGCCUUUCAGCUUCAGCAGAGUGCCCAGCCGCCGCCACCACCGCAACUGCAAAACCUGAACAACAACAAUUUGGAGAGCUCCAACUGGCAGUCCUUCCACCCCACCCUGCGGGAGAGGAACGCAUUGAUGUUCAAUAACGAACUUAUGGCUGAUGUACAUUUUAUCGUAGGCCCCCUGGGGGCAUCAAAAAAAGUUCCUGCCCAUAAGUAUGUUUUGGCAGUUGGUAGCUCUGUCUUCUAUGCUAUGUUUUAUGGUGAUCUUGCAGAGGUCAGAUCUGAAAUCCAUAUACCAGAUGUGGAACCUGCAGCUUUUCUAAUCUUAUUAAAGUAUAUGUAUAGUGAUGAAAUUGACCUGGAAGCUGACACAGUGCUUGCUACUCUGUAUGCUGCCAAGAAGUAUAUCGUCCCAGCCUUAGCAAAGGCUUGUGUCAAUUUUCUGGAGACUAGUUUAGAGGCUAAAAAUGCUUGUGUUCUGCUGUCUCAGAGCAGACUCUUUGAGGAGCCAGAACUGACACAGCGCUGCUGGGAAGUAAUUGAUGCUCAAGCAGAAAUGGCACUGAAGUCAGAAGGCUUCUGUGAAAUUGAUCAACAAACAUUGGAGAUCAUUGUAACCAGGGAAGCACUAAACACUAAGGAGGUGGUAGUUUUUGAGGCUGUUCUUAAUUGGGCAGAGGCUGAAUGCAAAAGACAAGGGCUACCAAUUACACCAAGGAACAAGAGGAAUGUAUUAGGAAAAGCUUUAUAUUUGGUGCGGAUUCCAACUAUGACUUUGGAGGAGUUUGCCAAUGGAGCUGCUCAAUCUGACAUCCUUACCCUUGAGGAAACGCAUAAUAUAUUCUUAUGGUAUACAGCUGCAAACAAACCCAAGCUAGAAUUUCCACUGACAAAAAGAAAAGGACUUGUACCUCAAAGAUGCCAUCGAUUUCAAUCCUCUGCAUAUCGUAGUAACCAGUGGAGGUACAGAGGUCGCUGUGACAGUAUCCAAUUUGCUGUAGAUAAAAGGAUAUUCAUAGCCGGACUAGGCUUGUAUGGGUCAAGCUGUGGUAAAGCUGAAUACAGCGUCAAAAUUGAACUUAAGCGUCUAGGAAUUGUUCUUGCUCAAAAUCUGACAAAGUUUACCUCUGAUGGAUCCAGUACUACUUUCUCUGUGUGGUUUGAACACCCCGUGCAGGUUGAGCAAGACACAUUUUACAACGUAAGUGCCGUUCUUGAUGGCAAUGAACUUAGUUAUUUUGGGCAAGAGGGAAUGACUGAAGUACAAUGUGGAAAAGUAACAUUCCAAUUCCAGUGCUCCUCAGAUAGUACCAAUGGAACUGGAGUACAAGGAGGACAAAUACCUGAACUCAUUUUCUAUGCAUGAUGCAUUUCACUUUGAUUGUAUUCCAGUACUGCUAUUCACACUAAAGGAUGUUUUGAUUACUACAAACCUCUACAGCAGUGUGGAAUGUUACACUACUUACUUAUCUACUACAUCAGGCUAUCAAAAUAAGUGAAGGAAUGCUCUUGAAUUUAAUCUUAUUUUAUUUAUUCAUAAGAUAUUUGACUUAAUUAAAACUGCAACAUGCAGAAAAAUGUUAAAUUCUGCACGUAUUGUGCAUUUAUUUUGUAUAUAGAUAACUAACUUGCAGACUGCAGCUGACUCAAGCAGGAUGUUCUAAACUAGAGCUGUUUAUGAAUCUGUGAAAUAUAAAACAUUUUUACUUGCCCUAAAA